AUAUAUAUAUAUACAUAUAUACGUAUAUGUAUGUAUUGUUUGUACGUAGAAAAAAUUAAGUUUCAUUAAAUUUAUUCGCCUCUGCUACGCCACAUUCAGCAUUGCAGGCAACUAUUGCGAUCGACGUGUCUUCAACAUUGUAUGUAGCUCUACUCGUUGGCGAUGCACAAGAGGGAAGUCAAAAAUUCAAAAAAAAAUUAAUAAAUAAAAAUAAAUUACAAUAAAACGUGAAUUUACGGUAAAUAACCAAAAAAAACGGAGAGUGAAUAAUAAAAGUAAUACCAUACAUAGCGCUUGUUGUCAAAAACAACAACAACAUUAAUAUAAAAUCAAAAUAAACAAAAAAAUCACCAAUUAAAGAAAUAAUCACUGUAUGUGUAUGUGUCUGUGUCUGUGUUUGUGUGUAAAUUUGUAUUUUCAUGCGAAAAGCCAACCAAAAUUACAAUAAACAACCGCCUAACUGAGCGAACACGAAGCAGCAAGCGAACAAAAACGUCGACGGUAACAGAAAUGAACAGCGUUGACGGCGCACCCAAUACCACGAUUUUAGCCGAGGGAGCCUCAACGACAUACGCGAUCGUGGCUACUGCAGCAACAACGACUGCAACCAUAAAAACUACAACUACUUUAUGUGCUAGUAAAGCAACAGCAACAGCAACAGCAACAGCAACAGCGACAACAAUACAAAAGUUAAGCGUAAUAAACUCAACGGUCAUUGUUGAUGCCACCGAUGAAUUCCACGAAAGGGACAAUAAUGUGCAAUGUGAAGACGUUGUCGUUUAUGAGCAGCCACAAUCAAUACAACAGCGGUCGCAACAUGAUCAAGAGGAGCAGCGGAAUGGAGCGCCAAUAAAAGGAAUAAUAAUGAAAUCUGAGACUGAAAUUAAAGCUGAAACAAAAACAAAAACAAAAGCAGAGACAAAAACAGAAACAGAAAGGGCAGUAGCAGCUACAAAGCAAACAACAAAAACAACAACAACAACAACAACAACAACAACAACAACAAAAACAUUAGCAGCAGUAGCAGCUUCGGCAAUGGGUAAUGCUAAUAAAACAAACAAUAUUGCAACGGCAGAUAAUGCUACAACAACAACAGCAACAGAAACAACAACACAAUCAUCAACAGAGCCAACAGUAAAAACAAAAUUUAGUAUAAACAUCGCUGCUGAGACCAGCGCCGACGUUCCAAUGACAGAUACGGCAACCCCAAAGAGCAAACGUGCCGGCAACGAGACUGCCGGCACUAUAACUCACACUGAUAACACAAGCAUUAUUAAGGCACAGUCACAGUCACAGUCACAAUCACAGCGACAGCCCACCAAAACAACAGUAUUGGCAGCGGAAGACGAUAAUUGUGAACUGAAUGAGUUGGAAUUGUGUCGCUGUUGUGGCAAACCCAAUGUCACGCUCUAUGAUCUCUUUCCGAAAGCAUCAACUACAUCAACUAGUGCUGCGCCGGUGGCGGCUGAUAAUGUUGACUCCUCGGAGGUCGACGUCUCUGUAAAUAUGAAUGCUGAUAAUAUGGCGACAAGUGUGAUCGAUGAGAAUGAAAAGUUAACGUCCAGUGUUGUUGAUAUUCUUGCCGAUGAUAAUCCAAAUAAUACCGAUGGAGAAAUCAUGCAUAAAACAGCGACAGCUGUUGUGGACCUGUCAGAUGCCACAAAAACCAAUGUUUCAACCAAGAUCGAUGACAAUGCUGGUACGAAUACACCAAAACGUUGUUAUCGCACCAUUGCCGCGUCUAUUGCUGCUGCCGCAGCAGCAUCGGGCACCAGCAGCAAUACAAACAAUAAGACAACAGGUUUGUGCAGUGAUGGUGGCGCUCCCACCUGUGAAGAAAAACUCAAUGACCCAAUUAGUGUUGGUGCUGCUGCUGCUGCCACCGCCGUCACCGCCGUCACCGUCGCCGCCACAAAUGGUGAUGAUGUUGCAGACGAUCGAUCGAUCUAUGGGCAAGGUGCGCGUGUAGCAGCAGCAACGCGUGUGAAAAAAUCCGAAACAAAUCAAAAUGCGGUUGGUGCGCCAAACAACAACGCGGAGGGACAAAAUAGCGACAACAUGGAGAAUAUAUUGCAGGAGAUGGAAAUUUGGCAACUACGGAUAAACCCCAACGAUGGCCUGCCGCAACGUAUCUGCCAGAAAUGUAGCGCACAAUUCUAUAUUAUCCACAAGUUUCGUCGUAAAUGCCUUAAGGUACAGAUCAGAUUGCGAUCCCUCUUCGACAAAACGAAAUGUUGGGAAUAUGAGGAGCUCUCGGCGCGCGUAGCUGCUGAACAGUAUCAAGAGCAAGCGCAGGCGAGGGGGCAGCAGCAAGCGAAUGUGCCAACGAAAUUGAAGCCAAAUAAUUACCAAAGACUGCAAUGGUGUAACCGAGAGACUCAAACAGACCAACUGGAGCUUCAGACGACGACGUUCAGCGCGUUGAGCGUGAAUCUGCCACCGGUGUUGGACAUUGGCAACGAUUUAAUUAACGAUAAGUACAGCAAAUCGCCGACGCUUACGACGGCUAUGGCGAGGCUGGAACUGAAGGAGGCUAAUAACGACGCGUCGAGCCACAGCAGUGCUUGCAACAAUAGCAGGAAGUCCAAGCUGAUCAAUUCGACAGAGAAAAUAACCAACACCACCAACAGCACCACCGACAACGAGCAGGCAAGCAUACCAGCUCACGGUACAUCAAACCCAACAGUGCAUGAUGAACCAGUGCAAAAGUCCAAAACGAAAGUGCCAAAUAGUGAUUUGCCCAACAAGCCGCUAGAUGUUGAGGCGAGUGCAGUACGUGAUGGAAAUAAUCGGCGACGUAGCAAUGGUGGUAAAAGUGUCGAUCAAGAAUCACUCUUGGCCACGCAUAUUAUUUUCAAACCAGCUACACCAACAUUAAUGGAACGUGCGAUAGCCCGCAAAACAACAACAAAUGUGAUGCGCACCAGAUCGGCGCGAAAGAAGCCGGCGGCGGCGAACCAAAGCAUCAGUAUCGACCUAACGAAACCCGGAGAGCAGACGCGGGAAGAGCAGCGCGAGGAGGAGGAAGAUGAUGAACUAACCGCCAUCGAACGGUCGAAAGUUGUAGUCCAACAAGUCGAAGAUGAUUGUCUUGCCGUUGUUGUUAAUGACGGCGAUGAUGAUGAUGAUGAUGAUGAUGAGGUGAAAAAUGAGGCUUUGGCACGGGUAGACGUAAAUCUGCAAGCUGACGCCGUAAUGUCUGAGGAUGCCUUAGCCAAAACGGCGUCUUUGUUACGAGCAAACGUUGAACCACAAAGCAUCACAGACUGUGCACGUCCAGCGAAACGUGCAAGGCAGCGAGCUGGGGGAGGCGACGACGGCGGCGGUGUCGAUGUCGAUGUCGGCGGCAUUGAAUGUGUGCACGAAGGAGAUCAAGAAACAGAAGCGGAAAUCGCGUCAGCAGCAGUAUUUAUGGAUACGCGACACGCCUCCGAUUCGCCGGUAACAACAACGACUACGACGACGACAAUGACGACGACGACGACCAGUACCAAGAAAGCUGCGACGACGCAGUCAGUGAUCUCGUCUGAUGUGGACACGUUAAUAGCGUGUUGCGGCGGUGAUUGCGGCUGCAAUAUUGUUAAAGCUAUCACAGAUGAGGCUACGUGGCACAGCAGGGCUGACGAUGAAUAUGAAGAUGACGAUGACGACAACGACAACGACGAGGACGAGAACGAGAACGAGGAUGAGGAAGAGGAGGUCGACGAUUUGUUGCAACCACCAGCUGUUUUGUUUAACUCCGCUAAGACAACACCAAUGGACGUCGACACAUCGUUGAUCCCAGGAAAACCGAUUAGCGGUCAAGCGGCCCAAAUAACAAUGGAUAGCAAUACAAUAAUGAGGAUUGGUUGUGGGGAGGCGGUUAUUUCGGCGAUGAAGCCGACAACGAAUGAUGUACAAAGCAGUAAACAAACAGUGGAAGCGUCUGAGAUUAGUAAUUUGCCAAUUUUGCCGGCAACAACGAGUACGACGACGUGCAACAACGAGGCUGUGAAAGAUGUUGACGGUGUGUCUGGGGUUGCGGCUACGGCUGCGACUGCGGCUUCGGCUGCUUUGCAAAUAAUUGCCGGUGAAACUGAGGCAACAACAAGCGAGGCGGCGGCGACUAAUAAUAAGGUAGUUGCUGGCAACACUUUAAAGUCAAGUUUGAAUUGGAGUUUAAGCCUGAGAAAUGUGCAGAACAGUGACGGCCGUUCGCAAACUGACGAACAUUUGGCUGUUGAAAAAAUGCCUGUUGUUGACGGUAAUGGUGAUGAUGAAGGCGUUGAAACGCUAAUGGCAAGAGUUGAACUGCAAAGCAAAGCUAACAAUGAAACUAUUAAGUCUGAUGCCGCCACAUCAACGAUCUCAGAAGAGUUGGCCAAUAACGAGACCUCUACCUCAAACACCUCGUCCACCGAAGCUGCCUCCUCUUUCGUAACGAAAGCCGCGCUCAAAGCGUACAGUACCUCGCCUAAAUGUCGUUCUCUCGCACGCCGACACAUGCAGCUCAAGUUGAGACGCACACUAAAAGGCCCCAUCGCCCAAUUGCUCGCCCACUCACCCACUUCAACUUCAGCUGCAGCAGCGGCUUUCACAGCAUUGCAUUACACGAACAAAAAACAGUUGAAACGUACGCUCACGAGGAGAGAUGGUGACAAGCCAACAAUGGCGACACCCUCAACUACUACGAACUGUAGUAGUGCUGACGGCAGUGUGACGGGAAACGCAAGCUCUCCACCAUCAGCACCACCAACAUAUUCCUAUUAUGCGACAGCGCGUCGUGGACGUCGACGGUUCAAAUGGCGCGCACGCUCACGUCUCCCCUGUUUCGAUAAACAUGCACGUAAGAAGAGUACACCGACCACCGCCUGUGAUGUCAGCACGGUAGAUAAGCCUGCAAAGGUGGCCAAGCAACAGCUGCCCUCAUGUUUUGUACGCUUACGGCGUUUGUCACGCAGUGAAAUGAGCGAAGAGUUGACAAAAUGUUUGUUGACUGAGGCAACGCGGUCAGAUGAUGAGGAAAAAGCAAACGCAACGGACGUCCAAGCAGCAGCUGGUGUAAUGGAUGUUGAAUUCGAAACACAUGAGAACUCAGAGUGCGGCACACGUAUAACGCUCAAACGUAAAUUACCAGCCGACGAAAGUGAAAACCUUGCGUCGACUCGUUCACCUUGGCGCACCAAAGCCGAAAUGAAGGAAAGUUUGCAAGAGAACAGCCAGCAGGAAGAUGAUGAUCAGGACGAGCAGCUUCUAACCUUAACGCAACAAGAACUCAAAGACGGCUCAGUGAAAACUCAGCUGAGUCUCGCUGAAGCCUCCACCACCGACGGUGACAGUGCAACGGUAACUGCGGGAGAGAUUUGCGCGGAACGACGUAGUAAACGCAUCAAGAAACGGCGAAAGUUGCUGGAACAGAGGCAUAAGUUGCGGGCCGUGUCUGAGGAAAGUACUGCCAACGGUAAAGUCUUGCCAAUUAUAUUGAAAUUGGUGCAGGAGAAACUUCCAGUCGGUGGUGAUUGCGCGACCUGUGCGCCAAAAGUUGUUGUGAAAGCAACUGUUACACCAAAUACACAAGACAAUGCACCAGAGUCGGCAACGACCUCGGCCCGGUAUCAUGUAGUGGGCACGCCGUCAAAGCCGGACGAUCGGGAGUCCGCUAGUGGCGAACUGCAAAAACGUCGCCGGUUCCGUCCGAAACGCUCAUGCUGCCACGAUGGCUGUCUAACUGACGAUCCUGCCGAUGAUGUUAGUGUGAAAAAUGGCGCCCUGCCGCCGCAAUUAAUCAGUCAGAGUAAGGGCAAAAUGGUUAUAGAUAAUGUUAAUAUAGUGAAUAUCAGCAGCUGCGUCGAAGCCACCAAAGAAAAUUGUGAUAAUAACAAGAAAGAGCGCUUGCCUUCGCUCAGUUCCACGACAGCAGCAACCGCCUCUGCUGAGGAAAACUCUGUUAUAGACAUAUCCAGUCCGUUGAUGCCUUUGUUGCCGCUCCUACCAUCGUUCUUGCCGCUUACGCAGGUUCCAAAGGUUACAUCAUUGGCUGAUACGCCGUCAUUGUGUUCGCCGAUUAAGGCAACAUCGCCUACAGGAAAGACGGCGCCAACAACCGUGAUGUCUUUGAAGACCUUUUCCGCACUCGUGUCCACGACAUCACCAAAGACCUCGCCAGUCAAAUCGUCUACAAUAGAAUCUCCAUUUGAGACUUCGUUACUAUCGCCAGUAAUCGCCGCGAAAUCGUCUGCGCUUACAUCACCAACAUCAUCUGCCACCAAUCCCGUGUCGGUGGUCUUGCGCAAUCAGUUGAUUGUACGCGUGCCGCUGUCCGCACUUUCCGCCGAGUUUCACAAGAGGCUAUUCAAAACAGCAAAUGCGCAGAAGACCCCAACUAAAGCCAUGUUGUCCACUACGAUGGAUAUCACUGAGUCAACGAGCAAGCCAACGAGUCCGCAAGAGUCUACAAAAACACAACAAGCACAAAUUGCCAGUGCUAAGGAUGUGUCGACUGAUAGGCAGCUUUCCGCGCAUAAUAAUGCACAGAGACACAACACUGAAGCAGAGCGCCAGAUCAAAACCUUACCUGCCACCAAUCAAGAAGUAACCUCACAGUCAUUUACCUCAAAGCCAACCAUUGCCGCCUCACAGCCAGCGGUUGAUUGCGACGAGCCGCCGCAGUCCGCUUGCGAUGAUCACACAACGUCAAACAAAUCGGAAGCUACGGCAACAAUGGAAACAUCAACUCUGGGACAUUUCAACAGCCACGCAGCCUGCAGCAGCAGUCAAUAUGACAGCGAGCAAAGCGACUUUUUUGGUUUCAGCGAUGGCACAGGCUCAAGCCCGAAUAGACGAAUUGAAUGUUUAGGUGAGAACAACUCGUUGUAUCCGAGUAGUUCGCUGGGAACAAACUCACCCGAGGCUGUUGCGAGAUCUGCCACUUUGGCGAAUACCAAACUACACGAUUUCAUCAAUGAAAUCGCGCCUGCUCUAACCGAUGAGUCCGAGGCACCGCAAGCUAAUGAACUAGAGGCCACGUUACAAGCCGGUGAGGUAACCGCAGCUUUGAUAGCAGAAGCAGCAGCGGACACUGAAAUAGUUCCACCACUCUGUGUCGCAAACGGCCAUACACAAUCCACACAGUUGUUAAGCGAGACGAAUUUGAGUGAAAUGCAAGAUGUGGAGAAUACAUUGAGUGGCAUUCUCAACGAAAUGCAGGAUCAACAUAUCUACACACCCGUUUCGUCAAGUGCAGACGACUUUUUCGCACAAUCCGUCUAUUCGCCGCUCUCAGAUCCACCCACCACGCCAACGCACAGCAUGUACGCGGAAAGUCCGCUAGGCGGCGUUGGUAGUGUAGGCAGCAGCAGCAUGGCUGGCGGUGGUGGCAGCUUGUCAGUUGCAUCCAGCCCCUACGUCCAACACAUGCACAUGGAACAGUCAAGUGUGAGUAGUGGCCAAAUGUCAGAGCCAUCGCCGUUGCCAGCGCCCUUGUCCGUAGGCCCAACAACGUCACAUCAUCAGCAACACGGGCAUGCUGCUGGUUUCGGCAAGCAGUACGGCAAUAAAUACGGUGAAUGCUUUACGGAAGACAGCACGCAAUCCGAGUUGAUUGGCUUCCAAAAUGAUAUUCCCUGCUUCGAGAAUAUUGAGUUGGCGGCAGCAGGUGCAGGCACUGCCUCUGUCAGUCCAACCAGCAGUCACAAUGGGCAGAGUGGCAGCAUACAUGAAAUGGAAAUGAGGAAAUUAACGCCGGAAGAGCGAACUAAUUGCAAGGUGGGUGUUUCAAAGCAGGCACCGGUACAUUAUUUGGGCAUAGCCCCGGGCAAUGAGACAUGUGCGACAGCUGAUGGUGUUGUGUCGGCACAUGCGUCAACGGUCAACUUGGCGGUUGAGAAUGCGGCGCAAGCGACAGACGUAGUGGAGAACGCCACACUCGCUCAGCUGUUGCAUGAUUUCGAGGCAACGGAGACCGCUGUGGUGCAACGGCGACGCGAGCAGGAGCGGAGGAAAAUGUGCGAUGAAAGAGCGCAGCAACAGCUAGAAGGCCAAGAACAACACCACACGCUGCCGCGACAACUUGUCGUGCAACAACAAUUGGUACCAGCAGAGGUUAUCCAGAGGCAGCAGAUAAUGCAACAACGUCAGCAAAUGGUGCAACAACCCACUACCGCCGAGCUACAGCUGCAGCAACAACAACGUGAGCAACAGCUGCUGAAACAGCAACAGUUGCUGCAGCAGCAGCAGCAGCAACAGGAACACAUAUUGCAGCAGAAAAUGCUGGGACAACAACAACACGAGCAGUUGGUACGACAACAACUGUUGGACCAAGAAUGCUUACGACACCAACAACAACACUUGCUAGACCAGCAACGUAUACAACAACAGCAGCAGCAGCAACAACAACAACAACAACAACAACAACGGUCUCAAAUAUUACACCAAACUGUAUUGGCUGCAAGCGCCAAGCAGCCGCUUCAACAACCCAACACGCCGCAAAAGCCACAUUACAUCGCCCUGCCGCCGAGCUGCGCUUAUGAAACGGCACAAAUGCAACUAGCACAAGCGCCCAGCAACACCGUUCAGCACAAUCUUGGCGUGGGCGUUAAUCUCUACGCGCAUGGACUCGGCAAUGCCGGCCAAGAGAUCCGUUGGACAGCCAGCCCCGAUCUCAGCAGCCUGUCGCCGCCGACCAUUAUCGAAACACCAACUAGCGCCACUUCCGGUGGCACCACCACCACCUACUACAUCAACGCGAGCGAUUUGUAUCAGCCCAACUUGAUAGCAACGCAUUUAACAACAACACCGCAGCAACAACAACAGCGACACCAACAACGUCAUGCUAUCGGCUUGGAUAAAUGUUCCGCGGUCGAUGCAAAUGAGAAUUUCAUUGAGGGCUUGUGUGCUGGAAAUCGAGUGGCAGCCACAGCGCUGCAACAACAACGCCCUGCCUGCCAACAGCAGCAGCAGCAGCAAAAAAUAAUGAUAGUGAUACCGCAAGACUACGGAGCAGCCGGCGCUGGUGGCGCCACCGCACAAUUAUAUGCCACACCUGAUCAACCGACGACAUAUCAGUUGUCACAGGCUCAACCGCAAACAGUAAUCAUGCAACAGGCAUCACAGCAGCCGCAGCACUUACAAGGACCACACAGACCGACAGCGCUACAGGUGAAUGGCGUCAAUGUAAGUUCACAAUUCAUCGGUGCUACACCGGCACUGAGUGCACAUCCGGCGGUGGCACAACGCUCUUUGCAGCCUCAUGCAACAUCGUCGCGUCAGCUGCAACACUAUCAAUUGCACAACGCCACACCACCGCCGCGUCCAGCCUCCCUGCAUGGCGGUAAUCGACCGACGCGCUGCGCAUCCACACCCUCUGCCUCACAUAACUAUCAACAUCUACCGCAACAACAUCAGCAGCAGCAACAGCAACAACAACAACCACAGCAACAGCAUCCACAUAUACAGCAAACACAGUUGAUACAGCAAGCGCCGAGACCACAAGUACGCUUAAUGCAACCGCAUAUGCGUACACUUCCACAGCCCCAACAACACCAAUUGAUACAACCGCAUCCGCAAUCGCGGACACAGCCACAGCCACAGGCACAGCCAACAAUGAAAGCCAACAUCGGCACUAAAUCCAGCACCACCGCUACCGAUACAUCAUCGCUAAAAGUCAACUUGGUUUGUCGCUUCUGUCACAAACGCCCCAAAUUUACCAGCAAUCUCGACUAUAGCAAUCACAUUAUUGCCAUGCAUCCGGUAGAGACUCCCUUCAAUUGUCCCUACUGUCCGUUGCACUUUACGCGCCGUGCCAAGCGUCAACAACAUAUUGUCGAGGAGCAUGGCGCAAAUCGCUUCCAAUGUGCACAGUGCGGCCAAAGUUUCUGCACCCAACGCGCCCUGGAUCAGCACUUGCAGCGUGCUCAUGCAUUAGAACCCACUCAGCCGUACACACAGACGCCACAGCAGGCACACGCACAAGAGCAGCAAUCAACGCGCGUCGUUAGCGUACAACAGCAACACCAACGGCCAAGACAGGGCUUCAUACAUGCAACGACGGCGACGACGACAACGACACAGCAGCAGCAACAACAACAGCAAACGCUUAAUUCAGCACAACGCCGCAAAUGUUUCCUGCAACAACGGCCCACUUGGUUGGAGAGUCGCCACCGCACCACCACCAUGGCCUCGACGGCAGCAGCAGCUGCGGCGGUAUCCAAUUCGCAAGCGCCAAUGGUGCGUGUAGAGGAUGUGCACUUGCAAGUUUGCGAUGAUGCGGCCAAAGGCAAGAAGUCAAUUGACUUGCAACUGGACACCACGCAAUUGACUGCUGAGUCUACAACAACAUCAACAACAACAACAAUGGCGACAACACAGAAACCCAACGGCAGUGGCAGCGGCAGCAAGCCGCAACGCAUACUUUGUUGUCCGGAUUGUGAUGAUCCUUUUAGUGAGGAACAUAAUUCUCAUGCGCAGCCAUGCGCAUCAUUACACCAUCAUCAACAGCAGCAGCAGCAGCAGCAGCAACAACAACAUGAACAACAAGAAGCAGAGCAAGAGCAGCAGCAGCAGCACGAAACGCAAGUGGAACAAUCAGUAAUACAAUACCAACAACAACAACAAAAUGAUUUAGAUCAGCAUGAAAUAGGCGACGAGGGAGAUGAAGAAGCUGCCUCAUCUGCAUUUGUACAGCGCUCACCACAACAACAGCAACAAAAACGUCUUGCCCACCACAUGCUACUACAGCCACCAAUAAAGAAAGCUCACGUCACACUACCCUCACCCGAACAAACGGAACCGGACUCCACAUCCACCACCAACAACAACACCGGCACUUUGCGACAUUUCCGCAAGCGACGCGGCGGUGGUGGUGGUGAUGUUGGUAUUGGUGUUGGUGUUGUUGGUCAUACAAAUGGCCAUGCCACAUUAAUGGCCGCUGGCAAUUCAAAUACCACCGAAGAUGAACUCCUACUCAUGGAACGUGUACUGCGCAACAGUCAUAAUUGUCUCUUCUGCGAUGCGCGUUUCACCAACGACAUUGCACUGCGCAAACAUCAUCAAUUGGCGCACAGUAAUCAAGCUUCAAUGCCGUUUGUUUGUUCGGUUUGUAAGCGCGGUUUUCGCAUGCGCAACGCCCUACAACGGCACAUGGAGACGCACGAUAGCGAGGGUCGGCCAUACGAGUGUACGUUGUGUCAUGUACGCUUUCCGCGUCCCUCUCAACUGACAUUGCACAAGCUGACGGUGCAUUUUCUGCGCAAACCGCAUACCUGCGAAGUGUGCGGCAAACAAUUUGGUACGGAGAGUGCACUGAAGACGCAUGCUAAAUUUCAUGGAGUACACAUGAAGACACAUCUGCCGUUGGGCGUUUUCAUGUCCGAGGAUGCGCUACAGCUGCCGCAGCGCCAACAGCAGGAACAGGAACAGCAACAGCAACAGGAAGAGGAGGAGGAGCAGCAACAGCGGCAGCAGCAAGAGCAUGAACAAGAGCAACACCAGCCACAGGAUGAAUAUGAGAUGGACGAGGGCGAUGUUGAAGAGUCCCGAACGCAACAGCAGCAGCAACAACAACAACAGUACCAACAACCACAAGAAUCGCUAAUGGAAACAAUCGUAGAGCAACCGCAUGAGGGGGAAGAUGAAGACGAUGAUGAAACGAUUGUACGGGAACAACAUGAAAUGGAGCAGCUGCUUGAAGAAGAAGAAUCAACUGAGUUAAUGGAUGAGACACCAACAGCUGAGCAAGCACAUGUUGACGACGAUGUUGAUGACGUUGUUGAAGAUGUUGAAGAUGUCGCCACGCCAAUGGCUGUGGCUAUGGAUAUUGAUAGUAUCGAGCAUGUGAAUGCAGAUCAACAACAAAAAACACUAAAACAACAACAACAACAAAAAGCAAUACAAGAAUUUGAAGACCACAAUAUAGUAGCGAUGGAGAAUAAUGAAGAUGUGUUUUCGGCCCAACAGGAUGAACAGCUAAAAGCGCUACAAGAACAACAAGAAAAUACUGAUGAAUUAGUAUUUACACCCGGCUGUAGUCCCAGCACAACCACGGGCGCCAGUCCACAUCCUUUUGCCACUGAACAACACUAUGCGGAUAUUAGCACCACCAGCAGCAACACAACUACCAAUGCAUUCGGUACUAACAGUACUGGCAUGCAUAAAGCCGGCACCGAAGUAGCGGUGGCUAACGGUUGCAGUAGUAGUGCUAAAUAGUCCAGGGCCAUUGCGUACAUUGUAGCGCAGAAGCCGCCUACAAUAGUACUCUAUUACUGUGCAGAGAAAUAACACGAGGCUGAGGGGGAGGAGAAAGUACGCGAUGGUGGUGGCAAGAGUCCGCCCUACGGGGAGAAGUAAAAGAAGAUUUACUUAGGCGGCUUAUUGGAUAACCCAAAAUGUUAAUGGUUCUGAGUCGCAGUGCUCACGCGCGGCUCUUAAAAGGAAACUACUUUGACUUUGACUUUCGUUUAAUUUAGCAAAUGUAAGAGACAAAUUGUGUAUUUUACUAUUUUGUAGGCAAUAUUUUCUUCAUUUGCAUUUUAUUUAAGCUUAAUAGCAAU